AUGGAGAGCUACCCACCAGGCCAUAAGGAGGUGCAGCCCCUCAAGUACACUGAGGUGGCCGCGGCCGCAUCUGUGACCUGGCAGACUGGGAAGGCCUGCAUAUUUGGCACCACGUCCCUCGUUUCCCACUGCCUGAGGAAGGGGGAGAACAUUGCCUUUGUCCUGAAGGACAUAGGAGUGCUCCUCAUCGAGGGAACGAGAGUUCAGAUGAAGUUCUACUACGACUUCCUCGAGAGGAUCAGCGGGAAAGAGAACCUAGAGAAAGUUGUUUUCAAGGAGCUGGCCAGCUGCCCGGGCCGUGCAAGUGCUGUGGUGCUGUGCCCCGGCUGCAGGGACAUGGUGGUGUCCCGGGUGGCAGCUGUAGCCUCCCUGACGUCCUGUGGCCGAGUCAUCGUCUUUCCCAGGUUUCGACGGGAGUUUGUACCCAAACCACCACCCAGGACAGCCCGCAAGGCCUGCCAUGUCCCAUUGCCACCUCUUGACCAGGGCAAGAAAGAGGAACUUCCUGAAUUGCCACCCCUCCCCAGCUGGAUCCGCGUUACCUUUCUAGUGAAAAAACAGCCUGAGAAGGAAACAAGCGAUGUCAAGAAGAAGGCCAGUCAGCUGCCAGCGGUCCCGGGGGCGUCUUCUGCCAAAAAGCAGCCUCAGAAAAAAAAGAAGGGAAAAUGCUCUACCAAAAGCAAGGCGGCAGAGAUGGCUCCAGCAGAGGCAGCGCAACCUCCAAGUGGCAAAGAAGAAGAACACGGCGCGGUGAAAGCCCCCGCUGGAGGAGGAGUGCCGCAAAAGGCACAGGCCAAGCUCAGAAAGCACCGUGGAGCCCCAGCCCUGCAACAAACACCACUGGCAGCCCUAUGGUCCUCGAGCUCUGAGACCAGCCUGCCCGAGGAGCGCACCUACAGCGCCUCUGCUGCGGUGCCACUGAUGCACAGGAGGACCAGAUCUCUGCAGAGUCAGCCACCAAAGACCAAAGCGGGGCUCCCCAGGCGGGGGAUGUCCUGUCCACGCUGACCAGGGCAUGGGGUGCCCAGGAGAAGCAGAGCUCCACCUGAGGCUGCCAAACAGGUGUGCGAUUCCUCUCUGUGCCAUUCCUGGGGGCCUGUCUGCACCCUUCUUUGGUUUUGGCUCCAAGUUUGCUUUCGGAGGCACUUCUUGCCAUAAGACUCUG